UCGCGAGAGUUGCGCGGAACUUCCGUCGCAAAAAAGCCUGGCCGGCAGAAGAAAGAAAGAAUCAUGAGUUCAGCUGACAUUUUGCCUCUGAAAGUUGAGAGCGCGAAUGGCCUCAAAAGCACUGGACCAGGACCAGAGUCCAAGGCUGAGCUUACACUCCCUUGAGGACUCCCCUCUUGAUGAGGAUGAAGAAGCUUUUCAAAACGUGGCUGAGGAAGAUGAAGAUAUUGACCAGUUCAACGAUGACACGUUUGGAGCUGGCGCCAUUGACGAUGACUGGCAGGAGGCACAUGAGCGCCUGGCAGAGCUGGAAGAGAAGCCUGCAUCCUCAGGAGAGCAAGUGGAUCAGGCAGUCACUGAUGAGAUGGACCUGUUGGGGGACCAUGAAGAAAUCCUGGCAGAGAGGCUGAGCAAGAUGGUGAUAGAUAAUGAGCUGGAAGAUCCUGCCAUCAUGCAGGCUGUACAAACCCGGCCCCUGGUACAACAGCCUGGGGGUCUCAAUUCGAGCAUCUGGGAUGGGCCUUCAGUUCUCAGGCGCAUUAGAGGACCUCUUCUCACUCAGGAGGUGCCUUCUGUGUCAGUGCUGGAGUAUGCCUUGCCGCAGAGGCCUCCACAGGCCCGAGAAGAAGAGCAGGACCUUUCAGAGCGGGCACUACCCAGGCGGUCGUCCUCUCCAGUCAUUGGCAGCCCUCCUGUUAGGGCUGUUCCCAUUGGGACCCCGCCUAAACAGCCUACAAUACCCAACUUUAACCAGCAGAUUCUCUGUCCAAAGCCUGUUCACAUCAGAGUACCAAUACAGCAGCGUUACCCAAGUCCCUUCAAUGAAAGGAUGUCCCCAAACCAACUCUGCAGUGUGACGAACUCCUCCCUCUUGGGCCACCCAUUCCCUCCCAGCGUUCCUCCUGUUCUCACCCAUCUCCAAAGAGCGCAACUGCUAGGAGGUGCACAGGCAGGUAGAAUGUCUCCUAGCCAGUUUGCACGGGUCUCUGGACUUGUUAGCAAUCCUCUUGCGUCCAUUAAUCCCAAGCUUCUUCAGGGCCGAGUUGGGCAGAUGAUGCCUCCAGCCAGUGGGUUCCGGGCCUUCUUUGGGACACCACUGCCUCACUCCCCAUGUCCUGGAGCCCCCUUGACGAAUCUAAGGGCUCAGCCACAGAUGUUCAGGCCAGACACAACUCAUCUUCAUCCGCAGCACCGGCGACUCCUGCACCAGAGGCAGCAGCAGAACAGGAAUCAGCACCGGAGUCUAAAUGGGUCAGCGGGGGAUCGGGGGAGCCACCGGAAUAGCCACCAGGAGCAGAUACGGAAGGACCCAUAUGCCAAUCUCAUGCUGCAGCGGGAAAAGGAUUGGGUGUCCAAGAUCCAAAUGAUGCAACUGCAAAGCACUGAUCCAUACUUGGAUGACUUCUACUAUCAGAACUACUUUCAGAAGCUGGAAAAAUUGCCUGCAGCUGAGGAGAUGCAUGGUGAUGGUCCUAAAAAAGAACGCACCAAACUAAUUACCCCACAAGUGGCCAAGUUAGAGCAUGCCUACAAGCCAGUGCAAUUUGAGGGCUCACUGGGGAAGCUUACAGUCUCCAGUGUGAAUAACCCCCGCAAAAUGAUUGAUGCUGUAGUGACAUUACGAGGUGAAAAAGAUGAAACAAAAGAAAAGCAGGUUCGAGAUAAGAGGCGUCAGACUCUCUUCACUAUUGAGAAGACAUACAGCUUCCUCCUGGAUGUAGAAGACUAUGAGAGGCGUUACCUCUUGAGCCUGGAAGGUGAUAGGCUGGCCUUGAUGGAGGAGAGAAAGCAGAAGAUCUGUGACAUGUAUGACAAUCUGAGAGGGAAAAUGCCCAACCAGGAAAGGUCAUUCCAACCUGAUGGCUGUAAGCAUGUGCACGAGACAUUUGAGGAAACUCUAGAGUUGCUGAGCGAUGACCCUUUUGUGCAGAUCAUGUGUAUUCGGAAAGGCAAACGUCUGGUUGCCCGGAUCCUCCCCUUUUUGUCCGCUGAGCAAGCAGCUGACAUACUUAUGGCAACAUCCAGGAACUUGCCCUUCCUAAUCAAGAAGGAUGCUCAGGAUGAGGUGCUACCCUGCCUGUUGAGGCCCUUCUCUCUUGUUCUCUAUCAUCUUCCGCUGGGGACUGUCGCCAGCAUCCUGCAGCAGCUAAUGAACCUACCUCAGAGCGCAACAGCGCCAGCAUCUGCCAACCUGCAUCUCACAGCUGUGCUCCAGAAUAAGUUUGGUCUCUCCUUGCUGUACUUGGUCUUGAGCCGUGGGGAGGAAUUGCAGAGUUCAGAUUCUACUACAGAGUUCACACAGGACAACCAGUGGACAGAGCUAAUGUUUAUGGCAACCAGAGAACUUCUUCGGAUCCCUCAGGCAGCCUUGGCCAAGCCAGUGUCUACCCCAUCUAAUCUCUUAUCUCUCUUCUCUCGCUAUGUUGAUCGGCAGAAGCUGAAUGUGCUAGAAACAAAGUUGCAGUUGAUUCAAGAAAUACGAUAGAUCUCAAAAUGCUGUCGUUGCUGGUCUCCAUCAUGCUCCCAUCUCCAGAGUAUUUCAAUGGGCAAAGAGGAGGCAGUGCCUUCUCAAAAUAAAUCCUUAUGGGAUUGUUUCUCUGGUCUAGCACAGAAGAUUACUCUCUUGGCUGGAUAUGUGCUUUCCUUCUCUGCCCCUCAUUGCCAGUUUUGCAGUUCUGCAUGUCGUUGCUGCAUUGAAUUCACCUAGGCACUAAUCCCUGCCCCCAUUUCCCUCUGCAUUUUCACUAUGGCUGCUGCCUUUUCUCCCUACACAUACCCCAUUCUUCCCAGUACACUACUGAUGGGCUAGAAGAGAAAAUAGUUCCACCUUUCUGCCUCAUAUCACUAAGAACAUGGGGAUGGGGGAGUUGUAAUCUGAAGCUCUCUACUGUGGAAACUAUGAGAUCAGAUAUUUCUGUCUCUGAUGUGUUAGAGCAUUUUUAAAUGAUGGGAAAUUCCCUCUGAUUGGCUCACUGGUUUCUUCUCUCCUCUUCCAGCGCCAGAUUCACUAAUGUGGCGUUGCCUCUUUCCUACAAAGUGGUUACCUUUCUGAACCUUGUGAUGAAGCAACGUCAUCUUUGCACAUUUGUCUAGUCUUCCCAGGUCCCAUUUUCUACCUGAGCUGUUUGUCUCUGACCUACACCUUGCUUCAAGCUCCCGCUGGCCAAGACCCCCUGUAGACUAACCAAUAAGGUACCAGGAAUUAAUUCCCCUGGAACAGAUUAAUCUUAGCAAAUUUCAAUAUCCAUACACAGCUAGGUCCUACUGGUUUUGUUUUGGGUUUUUUGUUUUGUUUUUUUGCUCUUUUUUUUUUUUAAUGUGGUGAGGUUUAUUUUUUACUUGCUUUUUAAAAACAAUUUGCACAUGUAGGUAUUCUAAAACCAGUAAGACUCCUGUUACUAACCGGCUGCCUCUUCACAGUAUUCCCCUACCAUCUGCCUUUCCCUACUCCUUCUCUUGAAUCCAAAUUUCUAACUAACCUGUCGACCACUUCCUUUCCACCAACUCCUCAACCUCUCUUAUCCUUCCACUCUUUACUCCUUUCAGUACACGAUCAAGUGGUCCAUUAUUAUUAUUGUGCUUUUACUUUUUGGUUUGGUUAUGAUUAAUGAAAAUUUCUAAAUUUACAUUUUUAUAGGGUAUUGUAAAUAAAAAAAAAUUCUAUACUUGUG